AGAAGUUUUAAAACAGUGAUUUAGUGAUAUAGUUGCCGUAAAACAAAUUAAAAUUUGAUACUAAAUGAAUAUCUAAUAUCUAUAAUUUUGGAUUUUUUUCAAAUUAUAACAUAUUAUUGCAAAGUUGAUAAAUAAACACGCUUCGUCGUGAUUGGUCGCGUGCGAGAAUUUCUUGGGCGAUCAGCAUACGAUUUUCUACAUACCCUGAGCCAUUUUCGACACAAAAAUCAAGGUAGAAAACACAUCAUUAAGAUUCGCAAAGGUUACAUUUUAUAUGCUUGGAAAGGGUGAUAUUUGAAAGAGAAGAGAUAAAACAAAGCGAAAGGGAAUAUCACUGAACAUCAUCUAUCAUUAGACGCCCACCACUGCAGAACAUGAUUAUCAGUACUAUUCGAAUUUGAUAAACGGGUUAUUGGUAAAUAUACGAAAAGCGGAAGAAUUGGAUGGGAAAAAGCGUCAAAGGGAAUAAUGAACGUGACGCCGUUUCCUGUUACGACGAGCGUCUCUUUCAUUCCGCCGGCUGCCGUAGCGUCGAUUACUGAGCGUCUCCAGUAUCAAUCUUUGGACGACCGUAGGAGUCCCUGCUUGAGUGUUGUUACACCAAGGCCAAUGACGCCAUCCUGCUUGGAGAUUGUUAACAAGCAACCAGCUGAAGCGUCAAUAGCUGACGUAUCUCCGCCGGCCCCACCCUGCAAGCGUCACUGCCGUUCGCUGUCUGUUCCAGUCGAGUCAUCCCAGCCCUUAUAUCCAGCGUCUCGUUACAAAUAUUCUCUAAACUUGCCCAGGUCAUCCGUUUGGCACGUGCCGUCGCGCAGGAGACGUCGUCAUUCGGGAAAUUUGCAUUCUCCACCAAGAAUUUACUUGACUCCUCGGCCAGCUAGUGCUCAAGAAACCGUACGGGAAGAGGAAGAUCAGAAUAAUAGUUCGGUAUCGAACAGCAAUUCGAUGCCGACUUUGAUCUCGGGCAGGAAAAAGGUCAAGAAGCAUCGAAGCCGGCCGUCGCUCGAUUUCGUAAAGGUCUCAGAGUCAGCCUACUCCAAAUGCGCAUUAGUGCCCAACUUAGAACAAAUUGCUGCCUCUCCAUUACAAACUUGUUCGUCUCAAACACUCACGGAUUCGGCCUACAGUCUCGUCUCUUCCGCCUCUGCUACUGAAUUUGACGAAGAAGCCAGUUCUAGCCGGCGAAGUGACGAUGAUUUAGCAUUAUUUGAUAUGGAUCCUGUCUCGGAUCUAGAUUUAGAGCAAAUUGAAAACGACUGAUUUAAUUUAAACUGGCUCAUUUCAUCAUUUUUUUUGCUUAUUGUGCUCUGUAGAUCUAAGUUUUAUGGACAAAUUUUUUCCGCGAGGCCCAUUUUCAACUACAAAAUAUUUUACAUCUUCUGCGGAUCAGAGACAAUUAAAAUUUAUCGUGUCAUACGCACAGACAUAAUUAUUUCUGAAUAAGUUAUAAUUAGUCUACAUAUGGUUUUUAGCUAUGAUCUAUAGUUCUAUAGGUUAUUAUUUAAGACAUCAUGCACUCUAUUAUUGCUUCAGCACCAUUAAAAAUGGUCAAACGUUGUUAGCUAAAGUUAAAGCCGAAAAAAAUUAUUUUUAUGGCCUCGAAUUGUAGAACCUUAGUAUAUGCCUACCUAUCUGUAUGUCAAUUAAACCUCGUGCAAGAAUGAUGAAUGAUAUAAUCACAAAGGAAUGGACACUUGAUCUGUUCAAAAGAAAAUUGAUACACUUACAACACAACAUAUAUAGAUAUAUUUAUGUACAAUGUAGGAAUAAUUGUGGUUCAAAAGGGCCGUUCUUUGUUUUCUUUUUCUUUUCUUAAUUUUGUCUUUUUUUCUUUUGCAUUUAUACACGUUGGUACGAUGAAGUAAAUGGGUUGUGGGAAACAUGUGCGUUUGGUGCCAAAUGUUUGUAAAAGUCAUUAAAUGAUAUUUGUGUUCGUAUGUAGUGUGAAAGUUUUUGUAAUGUGUACGAAGACUUAAAAGAGAUCAUGCCUAUGUAUAAUGUGCAUAUUUUAUAUAUGUGUUUAUGUAUAUGUAUAUUUACAUGGCACAUAUAUAGAAUUAUAUAUACAUAAAAAUAAAUACAUAUAUACAAAUGUUUGUAUAUAUGUAUACUUACUUAUGAAUUGAUAUGUGAAUAUACACAUGUACUUUUUAUAUUAAAAUUUUAAUGACUUAGUUGGAUACAGCUUUUUUAAAUCAAUGUUUUUUCUUGAAGUCAUAGCAAAAUGAAACGCAUAAUUACGGUCAGUAACCUAUUACAAAUAAUUAUUUAUGAAAGAGAAAUUCUAGGAAAGUGCACUUUCAACUAAAUCCGUAUGGGAUCAUUUAUGAUACUUGUUUAGUUUAUAUUUUAAACGAAAAAUUAGACUACGUUUGGGGUGUUUUUAAAAGCAACAGUAAACUUUACUAUAAACACAAACAUACGACUGUCAGAUUAUUUAGAGUUUAAUCAGCCCACUUCAUCUGGCUUCAUAUUAAAUCCCAUAUUAAACUUUGCAUAUAUUUUACAUAAAGCUUUGACGAUGAGAAAAUAGCGACCAUUGCAUGGCAAUUCUCGCCAUAAUUUAAAAGUGAAAGUUAUUUAAUACUAAUCAGCCAGAACUCUCAAAGACGCAAUAAAAAAAUAAUACGUUUUACUGUUUAUAUCAGAUAGUAGAAAGCAGCUGUAUAAAUAAAAUCAGCUUCUAUAACCCUGAAUGAAAAGUACUUUAAUUAGAUUUUUUAUAGUGACCUAUAGUACAGUAUCGCGCUACUCUUCACUAAUCUAUCGUAUUGUAUGAAAAAUUAAUAAUAUUUAAUUAAGAAUAUAUAAAGGUUUAAAAGUAUAUAAUAACAUUGAUCAAAAAAAUCUUAAUUGUCUCCA